ACAUAUAAAAAAAAACAUUUGCUCCUCAUUAAUCAUAAUUCAAUUAGUCUUAACUAACUAUAGGUUAAUUUAAUAAAAACUAGGAAAAACGUGAUUAACCCAGAGGAAUCCUAUGUACAGUUGAGUGUCUAAGUGAUUCCAAAAUUUUUGGUUUCUGAAAAAUUAGUCGCAAUUCAAAAUGCAAAUCGAGUGCUUAGUGAUAAUUAUGUUAAUAUGUGGAAUAAAUGCAUUUAAUAAUUUUGCUGAUGUCAAUUGUGGUCAUAAGCCUACAAGAAGGGAAGGAAAAAUUGUAGGAGGCACUACUGCCGAUAAGGGCGAAUUCCCUUGGUUGGUGUCAAUAACAAGAAGAGGCGGCCACUUUUGUGGAGGAACUCUAAUCAGUAACAGAUUUAUUCUCACAGCCGGUCAUUGUCUUUGCACUGGAAUCGGAACGGAUACUGUCAAACCUACCCAUAUUAAAGUAACCAUUGCACAGCAUGACUUGACAAAUAAAUCUAGCGAUGCCUACGAAAUGACCUUAAAAGCCAUAUCGAUUCAUCCAGAUUACACUUGUGGAAAAGUCAAAGACGAUAUAGCCAUUCUAGAGCUUGAUAACAAACUUGUAUGGUCUGACUCUGUAUCGCCAGCAUGCUUAGCAGCCUCUUCUCAUGAAGAUGACUACAAACCCAUUGAUAAUCUCCCAGCUGUGGUUGCAGGUUGGGGAUGGACAAACGAAGACAGCUCCAAAGGAGGACGUGCUAAAGUCCUACAAAAAGCUAAAGUUAAUGUCAUCGAAACGGAAAAGUGUAGACAAUGGUUUCAAUCACAAGGAAAGAAGACCAAAAUUCAAAACACACAAAUUUGUGCUGGGCAUGAACAAGGAGGAAUUGAUGCUUGUUGGGCUGAUAGUGGAGGCCCAUUGAUGAUUGAAACUGGGACAGUAGACCAAAUGAUGGUUGUUGGAGUUGUUUCAACGGGAAUUGGUUGCGCUAGACCAUUUUUACCAGGACUGUACACUAGAAUUUCGGAAUAUAUUCCCUGGGUCAGAGAGAUUGUGAACAAAUAAUAAGUCUUAAGGAAAAGUGCCGAUAAUACUUGCCAUACUAACUUGCCAAAAAUUAUUUAUUUAUUUAUUGUUGCAUAUUUAUAAAAAUUAUUUAUUUAUUUAUUUAUUUUAUACCAUGUAUAACGCCAAAUAUAUAAAUGGAAAUUAAGACGUUUAUAUAAUGACCUACGAUUUAGAAGACAUACUAAAAACGGGGCUAACAUUUUGCUUCUUUUAAAGUGACCAUGAAUUUGAUUUUUGCGAAUUUCAAAAGAGGUAGAAAGCAGAAAGUGCGAUCAUAUCUGACACUAAUUAUUGCAGUUUAAAUGUUUGAGUUUGAUAGCUAAAGUUUACGUUUGGUUAGUUUGUCAUAAAAUUACCUAAUUUUGUAGUAUAAUGCCCGUGUUUACAAAUA